AGCCAUGUCAGACGCGGUCGUGGACACCAGCUCCGAGAUCUCCACCAAGGACUUGAAAGAGAAGAAGGAAGUUGUGGAAGAGACAGAAAACGGCAGAGAUGCACCGGCCAACGGUAACGCGGAGAAUGAGGAAAACGGGGAGCAGGAAGCAGACAACGAGGUAGACGAAGAGGAAGACGAAGUUGGCGAUGACGAGGAGGACGAGGAAGAAGGGGAAGAAGAAGAUGGCGAUGAAGAUGACGAGGCAGAGGGCGCCACAGGCAAGCGGGCAGCUGAGGACGACGAGGACGAUGAUGUCGACCCCAAGAAGCAGAAAACCGACGAAGAUGAUUAAGAAAGAGU